CCCAAAGCAGAGGUUUAUUUCUGUUGUGCGGUUCUGCGUGUUACUCCGCUACUGAAUUUUGAAGUGCGUGUUUCCUUCCCGUGACGCGUCUUAGACGUGAAUGGCGGUCGUGGUGACAGCUUGUGCUAGGUUGGCUUGAACUCUGCCCAGCAUUAAUAGGCAUUCAAUAGGUUGAAUGUGGUACUGUUCGAUUUUUCAAGGAAGUCGGAUACCAGAAUGACUAAUGAAGAACCUCUCCCAAAGAAGGUUCGCUUAAGUGAAUCAGAUUUCAAAACCCUGUCCAGAGAUGAGUUGUGUUCCAGAUGGAAACAGCAAGAAGUCUACAUUCAUGCGUUAGAGACUAAGUGCUCAGAGCUCAGCUCAAAUGAUGUGAGUGGGUUAAGAGAGUCUGAAGAGAAGCUGAAGCAGCAGCAACAUGAGUCUGCUCGAAGGGAGAAUAUCCUUGUUAUGAGGCUAGCUACCAAGGAACAGGAAAUGCAAGAGUGUACUAACCAGAUCCAGUACCUCAAGCAAGUUCAACUGCCCAGUGCAGCUCAACUCCGAUCCACCUUGGUUGACCCUGCUAUUAACUUGUUUUUCCUUAAAAUGAAGACUGAACUGGAACAGACUAAAGACAAACUGGAACAAGCCCAAAAUGAACUGAGUGCCUGGAAGUUUACACCUGAUAGCCAAACGGGGAAAAAGUUGAUGGCCAAAUGUCGGAUGUUAAUUCAGGAAAACCAGGAGCUAGGAAGACAGCUGUCCCAGGGACGUAUUGCACAACUGGAGGCUGAAUUAGCUUUACAGAAGAAGUACAGUGAAGAGCUCAAAAGCAGUCAGGAUGAGUUGAAUGAUUUCAUUAUCCAGCUUGAUGAGGAGGUGGAAGGGAUGCAAAGCACUAUCAUGGUUCUGCAGCAACAGCUGAAGGAGGCACGCCAGCAGUUGGCUCAACUUCAAGGACAGCAGCAUCAUCAGGUGUUACUGUCCGGAUCUAGUAGGACUCCAGCGCCUGAGCCUUCCGCACAGCGGGAAAGCAUUACUAAAGACUGCAGCCGACUUGUGAAUGGACCAGCAAAUGGAGAUUCAUCUCCACAAGGGAGAGCUGCAGCUGCCUUUCAAGACCAACCCAACCUUUACAGAGAGUUAAGUAGCACAGAGGAUGAUUUUCCAUCAUCUCCGGGCAGUGGGAAUAAACUGUCAAACCACAGUGAAGAAAGGUUGGACCAAGCAGGCAGCAGUAACGUGUAUCAGCUAGGUGCUGGAUAUGAGAGUGUAGACUCCCCCACUGGUAGCGAGAACUCUCUUACUCAGCACUCAAAUGACACAGACUCCAUCAAUGACCCUCAGGAAGAUAAGCCAUUUGUUGUGAAAGGUACCAGAACUAUGGGUUCCUGCCACAUUCAGAAUGGGUUGGACUUGGUCAGCACACAGGGGUCAGUUUUGUAACAUUUAACAGGCAUUGUUUGCAGUCUUUUUUUAUAUAGUAUCUUUUUAUUUGGCUGAUGGCUGUUCAGUGACUGUUGAAGCUAGUGUGUAAUUUUGUUUAAAAUUCAGCUUUUGUGUUUUUGAUUUCUUGUAAAAUUGUUGCUCCAGUUUAAAUUUUUUAAAGCAUCAUAUUGCAUUGGCUGUUAUUGUUGAUACAUGUAGACUCAGCUAUUUUUAUAUGAUUUAAUCUGAAUAAAAUGUAUUACUACAACUUAAAUAUUGGGGAGAAAAGUUGUGUAAAAACUGGGGGCCUGUAUACAUCUUGUGAAAAGCUACUGGCAUUUUUCAUAACUGUUGUACAGACCUGCAGCAAGAGAAGGUUGUAUCAAGUAUGUGUGAUGAUUAUGUAAACUUGGCAGUAGCGGUUGUUAUUUCUCCAAAGGGAGUUUGGAUGUUUUACUUGCUAUGUUCAGGUUUGCAGAGUCUGUGUAGUUUGUUAACUACAAUUUUUUUCCACCAUGCAUACAUGUACAUUUUCCCCAGUGACAAGAUUGUGUUAAAGAAUUAGUGUAUAUUGUUACCCAGUUUCUAGGCAAGAGUUGUUUCCUCUGUAAUGCAUAUUCUGUGACGAUUUCCAGAAAUCCCUCACCUGUACUGACCAAACCUAAUAAAGUCUUUUAAUAUCCAA